CUUUGCUGCCCACAGCUUUGACAUAACUGCCCGAGAGACAGAGCGUGGCGUCCGGCCAGGUGGCAGUGGUGCAACAUGCUCAGUCUGAUGGACUCGGAACGGCUUUACAGUGUCGAACUGGACAGGGAUGUGAUCUUCUGUGUAGAACCCAGACAGAAGUCCCCCAGCGAGCCGUGUCCACCCGAGAGGAUGUUCGGACUUAAUCCUAACUCUGACCCUAAGAGUACCGCCGCUGCCGCCACCCCCGCCACCACCGCGGACUGGAGGAAGGGGCCCCCCAGGGCAGAAGAGGCUUCGCCCAAGGAGUCGGACAACGACAACACCCAGCAACCUGUUGGAAGAGACGUCGUCCCCAGCACCCUUCUGCAGGAGAUAUCCCACCCACAGGUCGCCACCCUGGAAAGACAGAGACAGGAGCUUUUGGAAAUCAACAGAACCUGGGAUAAGCAGUACAGACGCAUGAAGCAGCACUAUGAGGCAAAGAUCCAGCAGCUGUUGGACAGACUGUUAGCGUGCGAUCGCCGCGCCACCGAAGCGGACGAGGAGCUGGAACGCAAGCAGAGGGACUUUGACGAGAAGAUGCUUCGGGCGAAAGAGACCAUCGAGAGCACAGAGAAGCGAAACUCGACGAUGAACGCAGAUUUACUGGAACUGGAGAGGCAUAUGCGGCAGCUCAAGCUGCAGUACGACAGUCUGACCACCAGGGGGAGACAGCAGGGCUGCGAGAUACGGCGCCUCAACAAGGCUUUGCAAGAGAGCCAGGCGGAGGCAGAGGAGACCAAGACGGAGCUGGAGGUCCUCAGGCAUCAGGCCAAUAUAUACAAGACAGACUUCAAUCUGGAGAGACAGGACAGGGAGCGCCUGAAGACUGAGAACCUGGAGAUCAAGAAGAAGGUGGCCAAACUCCAUGCACAGAUGCAGAAACUGUGCUCACAGGUCAAAGGUCAGCAACAAACCUCCUGCCCCUGCGCUGGCCACUCUGCCUGUCCCACCCGGAACACGAAAGAUUCUUCACGAACGUAGAGCUCUGAGACAGUGUUUUGCAGUCCUUUGUAUAAUUUAUAGUUUUGUUAAAACUGUAUUUUUAAAUCCUUGUAAAAUGUAACCAUUAUAUACAUAAGUAUAUAUG